AUGACUUCAAAGGCAUUGCUCGGCUUCAACGCGGCCGCGGCCGUUGGGGCGUUCGUUCUCUAUCUGAGCGGCGCGCGGGUGGUGCUCGACGGCAGCAGCGGGGAGGCGCAGUCGCUCGUCAACGUAGUUCAGACAUCGCAAGCCAGCUCAUCAUCACCAUCUGAUGGAAAAGGGAGCAACUACACGUGCACACACUCAGAAAUGAAGCCAAAAUUCCUCAGCUACGAUCCUAUCAUGGUCUACAUCGAGAACUUUAUAACCCCAUACGAGACGGAGCAUCUCAAGAAGCUUGCUCUGGCAGAGUAUGAGCCAUCAGUGGUGCAGAAUUUCAACAACCAGGCCGGGGCCAAGAAGGUCUUCGUGGACUCGAGCUCCCGGAAAAGCGAGACCGCGUGGCUCAAAGGCGGCGACCCAGUGGUGGACUGCGUAAAGUCUCGGGCAGCAACAUUCCAGGGCUUCGCCCCCAACGCCACCAUGGAGCAGCUCGCGGUGCUCAAGUACACCGAGGGCGGCGAGUUUGAGACGCACUACGACUUCCACUACGCGACGCCCCGGCCGGUGGACCGCAUCACCAGCUUCUUCGCGACGCUGGAAGCAUCCGACGACAUCGAGGGCGGCUCGACGUGGUUCCCGUUCGUGCUCCAGCCGGCGUGGAGGGACAGGGAGCCUUGGUGUAAGUGGUUAGACUGCUCGUACAAGAGGGGGCUGGCGGUGCGCCCGAUACCCGGGAAUGCGGUGUUCUGGGUCAACUUCAGGAAGGACGGGUCGGGACAUCGGGACACAGCACAUGGAGGGCAGCCGGUGUUAAAGGGUUCGAAGAUUGGGCUGAACAUCUGGACUCGUGGCAAAGUCAAUGGGAGCUGA